UGGUCCUGUUAUCGUGCAAUGUGUGGGAUGGUGUAGGACUGUGAUCCUUACGGAUGUGGGACAGAUCAGCAAGAACACUAUAAAACACACCAUAUCAUAGGUAACCUCAUUUGAACCUUGUCAUCGCUGAGAGCUUCAACAAAGCCAGGGUACCUACGACUCAAUUCUUCAUUGACUCAGACUCACUGAGAUGGUGACAAAAAAGAUCAUUCUUUGGACGGCACCAAGAUGCGUCUCGACAGCAUUUGAGCGUUCGAUAAUGACUCUAAGUAAUGUCAAAGUAUUUCACGAACCCUAUUCCAAUGUGUUUUACUUUGGACAAGAAAGACAGAGUCUGAGAUAUGCUUCAUCGCCUAUCGAUCCAAAAGAAUCGUACCAUCUAGUGGGCAAGAAACUGAACAAGGAGUAUGAUGGUGUUAAUGUUGUCUUCUCUAAGGACAUGGCUUACUGUGUCCAAAACAAUUUUCACAUUUUCUUAGAUAAAACAUUUCACGAUUUUCAGCACACGUUUCUCAUUCGCGAUCCUGCAAAGGCAAUUACUUCCUUGUAUCACGCCUCGACAAACCCAAAGCUAACGGGAUGGAAUUACUUUGAUCCCGUGGAAGCGGGAUUCCGACAGAUGUACGAUCUCUAUAAGUUUAUUACAGAGAACAUUCAUCCUAAUCCUGUAGUAGUAGAUGCAGAUGAUCUUUUAGAUCAUCCUGAUGAAACCAUGAAGAGCUACUGCGAUGCUAUAGGGAUCAUGUAUGAGUCCCACAUGACCUCGUGGGAACCAGGACCGGUUCCUGACUGGGAUACAUGGUCAGGAUGGCAUGAAAACGCCCUAAAAAGCUCUGGCUUCGCACCAAGAUCAGAAAAAAAGCCGUACAAACCCGAAAAAAACAAAGUUCCCGAUGAAAUUCUGAGGGUUGUAGAAGAAUCAAGGUAUUACUACGAUUACCUCGCAUCAAGGAAGAUCCUUUCUAUUUAUCCUUAGUUGAUUGGCACCUAAAUGAUCUUAAUGACUAUCUUAGUAAAUACUGCAUGACUUUAAGUAAAACAUGUCGCCGGUAUCAUAAUAGUGAUAGUCUUUUUUUGUCUUUAUUUUUUCCACGAUGUAUUUUCAUCACUAAACUCCUCUGGAAUCAAGAUUAGUGUUGGUGUAAGGGUUACAGCAUGUCUAGGGUAUUUAUUGUACAGUCCGGCACUACUAGUGCCCGGUCUAUUGACUGACAGUUAGUAUCAGUACUUGUGACAUGUAAAGAAUAUUAAGUAUUAUAAAUAAAUAUCAGUUAGGGUUAGUAACACGCCACAAUCACAUAUUCAUAUUCACAUUUGAUUUCGCGCUCGGCAGAAAAACAACCUGCUUUUCAUGCGUAAUUACAAGAAGUCAUCUUUGAACAUCAGAAGUGAUUACCAUCAACUACAAGCAUGAUGAUAUAGAUCCUGUAAUGAGGUUUGAAUCGGGUAUUAAUUACUUCUCUCUUAUGUGUAAUCAAAAACUACUCGUUCAAUAUCAGCCGGAUUUGUUCGUUGUAACCUUCACAAAAACACCAAGAACACCAUAAAUCAUAAUUGUAAGGUUGUUGAAGCAGUUCAUCAACCUAUAAAGAAGCUCUUAACCAUAAAUCAUGUUGCCUCUCA